GCUUAAUCUAAUUAAGUAACCACUUGUUAAUUUUGUUCAUUCUCCCUCCAACACAAUAAGCAACAAAUGAUGAUAUCCAAUUAUAAAGUUGGUAUAAUUGGGGCAGGUAUUAGUGGAAUUGCAGCUGCAAAGCAGUUAUGUCACUAUAACCCAAUUGUUUUUGAAUCCACCGAUUCAAUUGGUGGUGUUUGGAAACAUUGUUCAUUCAAUUCCACUAAGCUUCAAACCCCAAGAUGUGAUUUUGAAUUCUCUGAUUUCCCUUGGCCUCAGAGGGACAAUUCAUCAUUCCCUUCUUACAUUGAGGUCUUGGAAUACUUGCAAAACUAUGCAACACAUUUUGAUGUGUUCAAGUUUGUUAAGUUCAAUUCAAAGGUGGUCCAAAUUCGCCAUCUUAAUAAUCAUAACGCCCAACAUGAAUAUGGAAGGCUAUUGAGUGGUCGUCCUGUUUGGGAAGUUGCCGUGGAAAACAAUCAAACUAAAAUUGUUGAGUGGUAUGGGUUUGAAUUAUUGGUGGUAUGCAUUGGAAAAUAUGGAGACAUACCAAUAAUACCAGUGUACCCAAAAAACAAAGGUCCAGAAAAUUUCAGUGGCAAGGUUCUUCACACAAUGGAAUAUUCUAAGCUUGACAAAGAAAGUGCUAAAGAACUGUUAAAGGGAAAGAAGGUUGCUGUUGUUGGUUAUAAGAAAUCGGCUAUUGAUCUGGCUAUGGAGUGUGCUCAAGCAAAUUCAGGAGCUGGAGGACAACCUUGCACAAUGGUGAUAAGGACUUUACAUUGGACAGUUCCAUCAUACUGGAUUUGGGGAUUACCAUUCUUCUUGUUUUAUUCAACAAGAUCCUCUCAGUUCCUCCAUGAAAGACCAAACCAAACAUUGUUAAGGGCUCUGCUCUGCCUUCUUUCAUCUCCAAUGAGAAAAGCAAUUUCCAAGUUCAUAGAAUCAUACUUGGUUUGGAAGCUUCCAUUGGAAAAGUAUGGUCUGAAACCAGAGCACCAAUUUGUGGAGGACUAUGCUUCUUGCCAAAUGGCUAUCUUACCUGAUAAUUUCUUCUCAGAGGCAGAGAAGGGGAUGAUACAAUUCAAGAAGGUUUCUUCUUCCAAAUGGUGGUUUUGGAAAAAUGGAAUUGAGUUUGAAGACAAGACCAAGUUGGAGGCUGAUGUUGUUGUUCUUGCCACUGGCUUUGAUGGCAAGAAAAAGCUUCAGUCUCUCUUGCCUGAGCCUUUUAGAAGCUUGGUUGUGGACCAAUCUGGCAUCAUGCCCUUGUAUAGGGGAACAAUUCAUCCACUAAUCCCAAACAUGGCAUUUGUGGGUUAUAUUGAAAGCAUUUCAAACCUACAAACCGCUGAAUUAAGGUGCAAAUGGCUAGCUAGACUUGCUGAUGAACAAUUCAAGCUUCCAAGUGUGACAAAAAUGAUUGAACAAACAACACAAGAGAUUCAAAUCAUGAAAAGGACCACAAGGUUUUACAAGAGGCUCUGCAUUUCAACAUUCAGCAUUAACCAUAAUGAUGUCAUUUGCCAAGAAAUGGGCUUGAAUCCUUGGCGGAAGACCAAUUUGUUCUCUGAAGCUUUUAGCCCUUAUACCAGCCAAGACUACUAUUUUUGAAAACAAAGAAAUUCAAGAUAAAUAAUAAUGCCAAAUCAUAUAGAGAUACAAGAAAAUAAGAUUUUUUUUAACCAAAAAUAAAAAGACUUGA